AUGCCACAGACGUCUAGAGGAGAAAGUCAGGAAGGGUACAAAACUGCUAUUGGUGGGAAGGAGCUAAAUGUCAGGGUGCGGGAGAAGGACUACGAGGGAAAACACAACACCAAUGAGGCACGGAGACUGGGGAGAGCCCAAAGGAAACAACGAGAAAACACCUACUGUCUCACCUACGACGAGAACCCCAACAACUACAGGAAACAACGAGAAAACACCUACUGUCUCACCUACGACGAGAACCUCAACAACUACAGGAAACAACGAGAAAACAUCUACUGUCUCACCUACGACGAGAACCCCAACAACUACAAGAAACAACGAGAAAACACCUACUGUCUCACCUACGACGAGAACCCCAACAACUACAGGAAACAACGAGAAAACACCUACUGUCUCACCUACGACGAGAACCCCAACAACUACAGGAAUGACCACAGCAUCAUCUUCAGCAACAACUACAUAACAGGGGACCUGUGCAAGCCGGGCACUUGUGGAACAAGUUUUGCUAAAUGUGUUGCUUUACAUAGCACUCAUACCUGCGUGUGCCAAUAUGGAUUCUACCAUAACAACAGUGAUUGUCACAGAGGGCAAAUAUUCCCAGGGAUCAUUACACUGAAUCAAUUUUACAGUGAUAGUGUUCAAACUGUAACUUCUGUGCAGUAUCAAGAGGUGUUCCAAAAUAUAACAGGUUUUGUGAUUGCAUCCUAUUGUGCUGUUUUCAAUUGUGAUACUCAAACCACAGAAUGCGAAGAAGAUAUAGUUCCAACAUGUAAAUGCAAACAAAAUUUCUCAAAGACAGAAUGGGAUGUUCGUUCUUGUUCAGAUUGUAGUAAAGACUGUUCUGCAGAAGAAAACAAGUACUGUGCAAAAGAAAAUGGGACUCCAAAAUGCAAAUGCAUGCCUAACUUUGAAGAGAAGAAUACAAAAUGUGUACCUUGUCCAGUGGGUUACUCUGGAGACAACUGCAAGAACAAUAGUGAACUCAUCCUUAUAAUAGUGGGUACAGUGUUUGGAGCAAUUAUCCUGAGUUUAGUGAUAGCAGUCUCUGUUGUUUCAGUAAGAGCCAAACACAAACAAGAUCCAGAGAAGACGAAACUGAUAAAGUCGGGAUAUUCCAACCCAAAUACCUCGGAUAGACAGACCACGAUGUUCCCCAGAGUCCAGACCACUUCUGGCCAUGCGAACCCAGGAUAUCAGCCAAACAACCCAUAUGAGAUGCAUUCCUCAAAUAGAGCUCAUUUUUCGGACAGGGAUUAUGAUGAUUUGUACGAAAUGUCACGGGAGCCUCAGGGCUUUAGGUUGCAGAGCAGAUACUAA